GUAUGUUCAUGAGGAAACCACAACCCCAAGAACUCAACUAAAGGAAUGAGAAAAAGACAAGGAAACCAGAAAGAAUGUGCUUCUCCAAAAUGAGGGAGUAAACCAAAAAAGAGAAAGACAUGGAAUCCAGUACACAAGAACCUCCCUUAGGAGAGGAAGACAUGAAGUACAGUAGACAAGACAUCCUUCAAAAAAGGAAGACAUGGAAUCCAAUAGACAAGACCAGACCUCUAUCACGAGGGAAGACAGAGCCCUGUAUUUCCUUGGGAAACUACCCCACCCCACUUUUAGUACUCAUUGUUUGGGUGCACCUGACCACGCCCCAAGUUCAAGAAAUGAUCACAUGCUAUUGGCUUACACUGAUCAACAUAAGUACCACCAUAAGUAGCAAUAAUUCUGGCUACGGUGAUUGGCGCAAGGAUGAAAGAAGGAAUCAAGUUAACCCAAACAGCAUAUAUCCCAAAACCUUUGGGAGAGUUUAUAGCAAAAGAAGUGUUUUCCAUCUUGGGACUGUGAAGACAUAAGCCUGAAACUCCUGGGAACAGAUGGGGCACACCUGACCCAAUGAACAGAACAAGGAGAUGGAGCAAGACAGCUUCCUAAAACCUAUUCCGAGCAUCUGAAUUCAGCCAUGCUAGAUGUUACAUCUACUCAUGGAUUUUAAAUCUACAAGAGAUGAACAGACUUGUUACUUUCCACUGACUGGCAGCAAUGGCGUUUACCGAAAGAGUCAAAAGCAGCAGCAGCAGCAGCAGCAGCAGCUUGUACAAUGAAGACAGAAAUCUGCUUCGAAUUAGAGAGAAGGAAAGACGCAACCAGGAAGCUCACCAAGAGAAAGAGGCAUUUCCUGAAAAGAUCCCCCUUUUUGGAGAGCCCUACAAGACAGAAAAAGGUGAUGAGCUAUCCAGUCGAAUACAGAACAUGUUGGGAAACUAUGAAGAAAUGAAGGAGUUCCUCAGUACCAAGUCCCACCCUCAUCGCUUGGAUGCUUCUGAAAAUAGGUUGGGAAAGCCAAGAUAUCCUUCAUUUCCUGAGAAGGGGAGCAGCAUUCCACCCCACCCCUUCCACACCAGUGCCCACCACCAGCCUGUUAACACUCCUGCCUCCGGACCACUUCCUGUUGGUAACAUCAGCCACAAUCCAAAGAUGGCACAGCCAAGAAUGGAACCAAUGUCAAAUCCUCAUGUCAGAGGCUAUGGCCCACCAGACAGCCAGCACCUGACCCAAGAUCGCCUCGGUCAGGAGGGGUGCGGCUCUGCUCAUCACAAAAAAGGUGACCGCAGAGCUGAUGGAGACCGCUGUGCUUUGGUGACAGACUCUGCUCCAGAGAGGGAGCUCUCUCCCUUGCUCUCUUUGCCUUCCCCAGUGGCCCCCUUGUCACCUGUACAUUCCAACCAGCAGACUCUUCCCAGGACACAAGGAAGCAACAAGGUUCACAGCAGUAACAGUAACAAUAAAGGCUAUUGCCCGGCCAAAUCUCCCAAAGACCUAGUGGUCAAGGUCCAUGAUAAAGAGAUCCCUCAAGACAGUUUAGUGGCAGUUGCCAGCCUUGGGGUAGCCCCUCCCCAGCCACCUUCUCAGACCUUCCCCCCACCUUCCCUCCCCUCAAAAACUGUGGCAAUGCAGCAGAAGCCCACGGCUUAUGUCCGGCCCAUGGAUGGUCAAGAUCAGGCUCCAAGUGAGUCUCCUGAACUGAAACCACUGCCAGAGGACUACAGGCAGCAGACCUUUGAAAAAACAGACUUAAAAGUGCCUGCGAAAGCCAAGCUCACCAAGCUGAAGAUGCCUUCUCAGUCGGUUGAGCAGACCUACUCCAAUGAAGUUCAUUGUGUUGAAGAGAUUCUAAAGGAAAUGACCCAUUCAUGGCCGCCUCCUUUGACAGCAAUACAUACGCCCAGUACAGCCGAGCCCUCCAAAUUUCCUUUUCCGACAAAGGAUUCUCAGCACAUCAGUUCUGCAACUCAAAACCAAAAACAAUAUGAUACAUCUUCAAAAAACCACACUAAUUCUCAGCAGGGAACAUCCAUGCUCGAAGAUGACCUUCAGCUCAGUGACAGUGAGGACAGUGACAACGAACAAAGCCCAGAGAAGCCUCCUUCUGCAUCUGCACCUCCAAGUGCUCCACAGUCGCUUCCAGAACCCGCGGCCUCAGCACAUUCCAGUAGUGCCGAGUCAGAGAGCACCAGUGACUCAGACAGCUCCUCGGACUCGGAGAGCGAGAGCAGCUCAAGUGACAGCGAAGAGAAUGAGCCCCUAGAAACUCCGGCUCCUGAGCCCGAGCCUCCUACAACAAACAAAUGGCAGCUGGACAACUGGCUGACCAAAGUGAGCCAGCCAGCAGCAGCGCCGGACGCCCUGGGGAGCGCGGAGCCUCCGCCUCGGCACCCAGAGAGUAAGGGCAAGGGCGGGGGCGACGGUGGUGGUGGUGGUGGUGCCGCCAGCCACGAGCGCUCGGAAUCCAAAGAUCCUGCCCUCAAGAGCUCCGGCAAGGGCCCUCGGGGCCCCUCGGAAGGCCUGCACGCCGGCAAGAGGAGCUGUCAGAAAUCCCCCGCCCAACAGGAGGCUCCCCAGAGGCAGACCGUCGGAAACAAACAGCCCAAAAAGCCCGUCAAGGCCCCUGCGCAGGCAGACUCGCGGGCCAGCCUGCAGGUGGAAAGUGAGCCGGGACCCCCUCCCUAUGGCUCCAAAGACCAGCCUUCCAAAGACAAGCCCAAGGUGAAGACGAAAGGGAGGCCCCGCGCAGGAGACGGCCGAGAGACCAAGCCCGUGGCGCCCGGCCCCAGCCCCAGCCCCAGCCCCAGUGAGAGGAAGAAGCACAGGAGUGGGCCGCUGGCCCCCUCGAAGGCGCUCUCGGGCCCGGAGCCCACGAAGGACAAUGUGGGGGCCAGGAGCCCCGAGCACUUUGCCCUGGUCCCCUUGACCCAGAGCCAGGGCCCGCCCCAGGGCGGCGGUGGAAGGACUAGCGGCUGCCGGCGUGCCGUGGUUGUCCAGGAAGACCGCCGGAAGGACAGGCUCCCGGGGCCCACAAGAGACCCCAAGCUGCUCUCCCCGCUCAGGGACACCGCUCCCCCGCCGAUCUUGAUGGUGAAGAUAACCCUCGACCUUCUUUCUCGGAUACCCCAGCUUCCUGGGAAGGGGGGCCGCCAGAAGAGACCGGAGGACAAGCAGCCCGCCACAGGGAAGAAGCCUGAUCCCGAGAAGAGAGGCGCAGACAGUUCAAGCAAGUUGGCCAAAAAGAGAAAGGGUGACACAGAGAAAGACCAUGAUAACAAGAAAGCCAGACUGGAGAAAGAAACCAAGGCACAGCCAUCAUGUUCAUCUUCCCAUAAAGAUUCUUCUAAAACAAAAACACCCAGGCCCUCCUCUGAGCCCUCAAAGAAGGAAAUGCUUUCCCCCCAACUUGUGUCCUCCUCGUCCUCGUCCUCAUCCUCCCAGAAGCCAGCCAAGCCUGCACAAAAGAGGCCAAAGCGGGAAGCGGACCAGGACCCUCCCCAAAGUGCCAGUAGUAGCAAGGGCAGCCACAAAGACUCCUCUGCUCCGAAGCACAGAAGAGUGGAGGGGAAGGGAUCUGGAAGCUGUACAGAGCACAAAGGAUCUUCUGGAGAUACUGCAAAUCCUUUUCUAGUGCCUUGUUUGCCAAAUGGUAAUUCUAAACCAGGGAAGCCUCCAGUGAAGCUUGACAGACAACAAGCAGAUUUUCACAUGAAGGAGGCCAAAAAGUUGAAGCAAAAAGCAGAGUUAAUGACAGACAAGGUUGGGAAGGCUUUUAAGUACUUGGAGGCCGCCUUGUCCUUUAUCGAGUGUGGGAUCGCCAUGGAGUCGGAGAGCCCGGCGUCCCAGUCGGCUUACUCGGUGUACUCAGAAACCGUAGACCUCAUUAAAUUUAUAAUGUCAUUAAAAUCCUUCUCAGAUGCCUCAGCUCCACAAGAGAAAAUACUUGCUGUUUUAUGCAUGCGUUGCCAAUCCAUUUUGAACAUGGCGAUGUUUCGUUGUAAAAAAGAUAUAGCAAUAAAGUAUUCUCGUGCUCUUAAUGAACACUUCAGCAGUUUUUUCAAAGUUGUCCAGGCACCAUCUCCAUGCGUUGCAAGAAGUACAGGCACACCGUCCCCUCUUUCCCCAAUGCCUUCUUCUGCCAGCUCCAUGGGUUCCCAGUCAAGUGCUGGCAGCAUAGGGAGCAGUGGGAUGCCUGUCACCAUCCAAAACAUGACAUCUUCUUAUGUCACCAUCACUUCCCAUGUCCUUGCCGCCUUUGAUCUUUGGGAACAGGCUGAGGUCCUUACGAGGAAGAAUAAAGAAUUUUUUGCUCAGCUCAGCACAAGUGUGUGUGCCUUGGCCCUCAACAGCAGUUUGAUGGAUCUGGUGCACUAUACGAGACAGGGUUUUCACCGGCUAAAACAAGCAACCAAAACACCUUAAUGGAGGCCCAAGUUGAUUUGAUGGCUUGGGAACUUUUUUGCACAUUGAAAGCCUCAAAAACAGUUCAGAUGUUUGUCUCAUCAGGACACCAAACCGAGAAGAGAAGCACCGUGAGAUGGCCAGGACAUUUGUCCACUUAAACUUUCAAGAACUUAAGUGAUCAUUGGUUGGACACGGUGGUUAUGCAGGAGCAGAAUGAGGAGGCUGGCCUCAGAGAUGAUCUUGCCUUUCCUAACUAAAGGACAGAAGUGCAAUGUAGACUUAAGUGGGCGUAUGAGUGGUCUAGAAACAUUUCCAUACUUUUUUUAACCAGCAGGAUGCAAAUUGCAAAUGAAAUGAGGAGAAGCAGUUUCAGCUCUGAGAGCAAGUUCAUGUCAUCUCAGUAGCCACCUUAGUCCAUUCCCAGAAGGAAAUUUUUUAAACAAUGAAUUUUGGUGUAGGGUUUUGUGGAUGAUUUUUUUUUUUCUUUUAAGUUUAGGGGGGAAAUACUUGUUUUGUUUAGUAAAUUCUAAUGGUCAUCUAUAAAGCAUAAGUUGUGAAGGACUCCACUGUACCCCACUUUCUGCCCGUGAACAAUCACUUUGAUAAUACCAAGUAUUGUCAUAAUUUAUAAAAUUGAAGGCAACUCCCCCCCACCCUUCCCAACCCUCCUGUUGCCUGGAGUACACCGCACGUUCACCCCAGCUCCAAUUUCUCAGUCACUGCUGCAAGUCCACCUACAACAGAGCUGCGGAGGGAGGGGCUACCGCACACCGGGAAGCCAUCUUGAGAUCGCAUGCACAAUGGAGGACGCGGCGCUGCCAUCCCCACCACCCCGCUUCCGUGAAAGGCAGUCACCAUUGACUAUAUUAUGAAUUUUCUACCUUGGGGAAGAAGGGAACCAACGUUUAUACCUGACCAGAUGAUGGCUAAAGUGCUUUUUAAUGUUUAUUUGAGUAGAGCUGGAAUUUGAGGUGCUGAUCUGUGGUCUACAGUUAUGUGGUAACUCAUGUUGUCCAACCAACUCAGAAUUUUGUCAGCAAAGAAAAAUGAAAUCUACUUCUUAGAGAGGCUAUAUUUUUCUGCUACAAAUUAUUUUAUAUUUAUAGCAAAAAGUAGACUUUCUGAGCCCUUGAUUGUCUAGGGUAAAUCAACUCCCUGAGAGGAUGUGGGGAUUUGGGUGGUUAAUUAGACUUAAAAAAAAAAAAAAAAAAAAAAAAAAAAAAAUCACCACAUGCCUUCACUCCAAAGUGUUCUCAGUCAACUAGAUUUGAUUGGAUUAAAGAGGAGCUGUGGCCUUCCCAUGUGUUGUUAGUGCCAUGUUAUAGACAUUUAACCAAGUUCAUUUGGAAUGACCUAGAAUGAAAGAACACGAUCAAAAUUCCCACAUAACCAUAAGCACAGAUUUUUUUAAUUAAAACUUUGAAGGUUAUUGGAAGCAUUAUUUUGAGUGCAGUGUUUUUAAAAGCCAAUUCUUUAUAUCUCUUUUAGAAGUAGAAUUUGCACAUGUACUAAAAUUGAGGAGUGAGUGUUACCUCUGUAGUUGGUUCAUUUUUCACUACCUUUAUCCCAUUCUGCCCCUCUACAUUUUGUUUCCUACCAAGAAUGUUUUGUCAUUUUCGUAUCAUUAAUGAGGAAGGGAGUAAUGAACAGAUUGAAGGUCCAUAUGAGGAAUGUAAGUUUUGGUCUAUCUUUAAAGGGAUGUGUAGAGGGUGGGAGUCAUGAUUAUUUUUCACAUAUGAACUGUUUGUGUGAAGCUGUUCCCUCAGUGUCUUAUCCAACCUAUUUUGUUACCAGUAGCUAGUUCAGAGGUUUGUUACCUCAUGUUUAGGUUAAAGCCGGAGAAUUACGGCAGUAGUAAUACCUGAGCAUAAGAAUUUGAUGUGUGAUUUCGAUGGACAGAUUUCCUUUAUCGAUGUUCUAAAGCACGGCCAUUUAACAAAACUUUUUGUUAAAUGAACAGUAAUUGCCUGGUGGGUUGUGGCAUUGUGUCCAUCUCAUAAAAUGUGGGAGACCAGACACCAGAAUCAGCUUUAUGUGAUUAUUUAAUGCCUUUUUUCCCCUUAUUCACUUGGCCUUCCCCCUCCCUUUUACCCCACCAUUCCCCAAUGCAAGUCACCUGUCAGUUUGGAAGUGUGUGUUUUUUAGGACAGGUUCUGAUCUAUGCAGAUUGUGUUGGAGAGAGAGAGAGAGAGAAAGAGUGUGUGGGUGUGUGUGUGAGGGCGUGUGUGGUCUUCUGGUGAAAGACAGUGCUCCUGUGACUGAAGACGUUUCUAAGUCGAUUUCUCAGCCACUUGUAAAAAAAAAAUAAAUAAAUAAACCUGAUUGCUUUUUCAGUGGCCUUAUUCCUUGUGUGUAGCGUUGCCCCCACCCUGACCUUUAUAUUAAAAAUUUAUUUGUCCCUUGAAAAAACAUUAAUUUGCAGAGAUCAAUUUGUAGUAUUUUGAUCAUGGAAUAUUUCUGAUUCUUACUGCAUUGUACCUAAAAGAGGAUUCCCAAUGGCUACUUUUAAAAUAGAGUAUAUGAAAAAUAGUGGCUGAUGAAUCCUUAAUGUUCAUAAGGUCUUUUUCCUGUUACAGUUGUAUAUAGAAGUCUAAAGAAUUUUUAAAAUCGCUGCACUUUUUCACUGCAUGCUUAAAUUCCCAAAGGCAGAUUUUUUGUACUGAGGUAGAUGGUUGAAAGGACUAGAUUAUAAAAUGAGACAAAUACAAAACAUCUUAAGAAGUGAAAAUCUUGCCUUUGGCACUACAGUUGUGUGUGUGUGUGUGUGUGUGUGUGUGUGUGUGUGUGUGUGUGUACACUAAGAAAUGGAAGAACACUGUUUUACUUUUUAAAAUGUUGAAUGUUUCUGUCCUUUCUGGAGAUAAUUAAAAUGUGAAUCACUGAACUUGAGAUUUUAGCCAGACUAGGGGCCCUGCUAAACAAUGAAAAACACUUCACUGAAAUUUACCAAAUCACACUGGGUUAAAAAUGUGAAAACACUCACCACAUGCUGGCUGUGGUGAGGAAGUGGGGGUCCAGCAGGUAUAGUAUCAGGAAGAGAACUGCAAUAGAAUGGUUUAUCUGAUAUACUCAGUACUGAAUGAGACUGAAUGAGUCUGAUUUUUUAAGCCAAAAGGACCUUGAUUUUAUAGAUCUGUUUUGACCAAAAUAUUUAGCCUUUUCCUGUGGACAAAUUAGAACACAUUUAUAUCCUUUAAUUCCAGAUCUCAGGCUGUUGAGAAGCUAACAAUUGACCCCUUUCUGGCUGAAAACUUGCCUUAAUUGGUACCUUAAAUAUUCAUGUUAGAAUUGGGAGCUUAUUACUCUUGUUAGGUUUCCUGUCCAAUAAUUUUUAGAACUAAAAAGAUUAACCAUUAUGUCCUCCAAAACGAACAGCUCUUAUAUCUGAUAGAUGAAAGGAGAUGUGUGUGUGUGUGUGUGUGUGUGUGUGUGUGUGUGUGUGUGUGUGUGUGUUGUAUGUGUUACAUAAACAUUCACACACACAAGAAUAUGAGGCUGGUUGAAUUGGAUAUAUUUAUUGUGCCUUUGUUGACCAAACAUAAUUUUGAAGUAAUGGUAAUUUGGGGAUAAUGCUGUAUUUAUUUUGAUAUGGCUUUAAGACCUGUUAAUGUGGGUCUUAAAUGUUAAUGUGUACCUUUGCUCUUCUGCUUCAUGAAGUGUGAUGCAUAUUUGUACACCUUAAGGUAAAUGAAUCCAAUAAGGCUUGAUUCCGUACCUCUUACCACAGAUUCUACUUUUUUCUUAAGGAUUUGUUUUCCCAGACACUACACAAAUCUUUGAAAAACUUUGCCACUUCAUCUACUACACUCUUUACUAUCAAUUACCAACAUUUAAAUUUUGCAAGAAUAUUUGGGCUUCUUUUAGAAACAAAUGCAGAGAUUCACUCCCUGGAAAGUGAGUUCUGCAUAGUGGCCAUGGAGGAGGAGUGUCAGGAUUAUGGCGGUACUUACUCCUUUGUUCCCUUUCUGUGGUGGGUUGCCUCUUUUGAUUGUUUUUGGUUCUAUUGAGAAUUAAUGGAUGUAAGGUUUUUUCCUGUGCCUUUUUUAUCUUCUGUCAUUUUGUUUGCUGGAGGUGGACUGGCAGAAUAACAUGUCGGGGGAUUUUCCUUCAAACAUUGCAAGUGGUAUUUCUACCGUAUAAACCUCCAGUAUGCAAUCCAGUUGUGUUGGUUUCUUGGUGACUAAGAACGAUGACCACUGGCCAUGUUCUUUAGUUUUUGUGAUGAGUUGAGAAGCACCAUCUACUUAAGGGAGCUGUGAAUUUCCUGUCGUCCUAGGGAAAUCACAAUAUGUUCCACUGUGCGCCAGAUAUCAACAGGUACUGUGAUGGGCAGAAAAGUGCCUAUAUUUCUCUACCCACAAGAGCAGGAAGAAGACCUACAGCUCCCCGUGAGCCUAGAUGGUACUAUAUUGGCCUGGAAGGACAAGGGAAUAAGACCACUGGCAGCAAGGUGGCCAUGCUGCCCUGGUGAGACCGGGCAGUGGCUGACCUAAGGAAGAUAACUUGCUUUGCUUAAAAGUAGAUGUUGAAGUGAUGCUUAACACAGGCAGUAUUAACUUCGCCUUUUGUUCAGGCCAUCAACAUGUAUUGUUAAAAUUACUGCACAUCCCCCCUCAGAUAUCAAGUAUACACUGUUCAUGUUGGUGUGUGUGUGUGUUUAUAGGCAUGUGUCCCAAAUCUUUUUGUUUUUUGUUUUUUUUUUUUCCUGAAUGUGAUCAUGUUUUGGAUGAUACCUGAGCAGGGUUGCCUUUUUUUUUUUUAUUUAUUACCAUUAUAUAUUAUAUUAUAUUAUAUAUUUGUUGCUUUCUUAUAACUUUAGAGGAAGUCAAAUCUUGGUAUUAAAAUUGUUUAAAAAAGAAUAAAAUUGUCCAGUUGAUAAAUGAUCACUGGUCUAAAAUAUGAAUUUUUCUUUAGUUAUUGUGGAAUAAUGUGCCAGCUGUCUAGUCCAUACAGUGAUUUUGUAUGUAGGAUAGAGAAGCAGUGAUGCUCUCAAUGGGAAGAUGUGCAACACAAGGGGACUCCAUGUAUUUUAUCUACUUCAGCAAUGGAACUGCAACUUGGGGCUUUUGUGAAUAAAAUUUAGCUGCCUUGUAUAGUCCUUUGAAAGAGACAUGUGAUCUGUGAAAAUUAUAGUUUUCUUUUUUUAGAAGAAAAAUUUGCAAAAGAUCUUUCCAAAGAUACUGUGCCACAGAUCUUUUGUUUGUUCUCUGUAAUGAGGAUUAAUUGCUGUUUAAAAAAAAAAAACACAAAAACAUGUAAUUGACUUGUUAAUCUUCAAAUUGUUUCCUUUUCACAAGAGGAUCGAGCUGUAAAAAAAAAAAAUUAAUAAAAAUUUAGAGAAAUUGUUGGGGUUGAA